AUGCAACUCAAAUCUCUCUUCGCCCUCGCCCUCGCCGCCGCCGUCACAGCAGCAGCCGCCACCACCCCAGGCGGAACCGAGACCACCACCCUCGACAAGCGCGCCCCCACAAAGGCAGAGUGCUGCUGCUGCUACGGCGGCCCUUCCGUCGGCUGCGCCGCGGACCUCAACUGCGCGGGCUACACGCCCAGCAUCGGCGUCUGCCUCGACACGCGGUGCCCGUUCAAAUGA